CAUGGGUCACGAUCAUUUAUCUCAAAUUUCAAAAGCCAAAUAGAUACCCAGAUCCUCCAUUGAUGCUCUGCAACUCUGCUAGUUUGUUUGCCUACUUCAAUAAAAGGUGUUUUAAGAUGAGUGAAGGGGAAGCUUACGUUGCUGAAUUGGUCUCUUUGAGAUUUCUGGGUUUUAAGUUAUCUGUCAUUCUUGUAUUUGGGCUGUAGUUGUUGAUUUCGAUUCAUUUGUGGAGGAAGGAAUCGGUUUUUGUUAAGAAUUGGGAAUUUCUAUAGAUAUUUGAGUUGAUGGGGGGUAGUAGUUCAAAGGAUGUGAAUUGGAGGCAGAAUUCAUCUUAUCGUACGAGUUCGGCUUCAUGGGAUUCUCAUACUGGCAAUCCUCAGUAUGGUCAAGAAAGCCCGAGUUAUAUAUCACAGUAUAGCUCUGCCUCCCCGCAGUAUUAUCCACCUUCACAACCGGAGCCGCAGUAUUAUCCACCUCCGCAAAACCGUGGCAGUGAUAAAAGGACACUAGACCGGAGGUAUUCCAGAAUUGCAGACAAUUACAACUCCUUAGAUCAGGUGACGGAAGCUCUUGCUAAUGCUGGUCUCGAAUCUUCCAAUCUCAUUGUUGGUAUUGAUUUCACGAAGAGCAAUGAGUGGACAGGGAAAAGAUCAUUCAAUAGAAAAAGCUUGCACCACAUUGGAAAUAGUUUAAAUCCUUAUGAACAAGCAAUCUCAAUCAUUGGGAAAACGUUAGCUGCCUUCGAUGAGGACAAUUUAAUUCCUUGCUUUGGAUUCGGUGAUGCAUCAACACAUGAUCAAGAUGUCUUCAGUUUCUACCCGGAUGACAGAUUUUGUAAUGGAUUUGAGGAAGUCUUAAGCCGCUAUAGAGAAAUUGUGCCACAUCUUCGACUUGCAGGACCUACAUCGUUUGCUCCAAUCAUUGAAAUGGCAAUGACCAUAGUUGAGCAGAGCGGUGGCCAGUACCACGUGUUAGUGAUAAUCGCAGAUGGCCAGGUAACCAGAAGUGUUGAUACCCAGCAUGGCCAGCUAAGUCCGCAAGAGCAGAAAACUGUUGAUGCCAUAGUUCAAGCAAGCAAGCUUCCUCUGUCGAUUAUAUUGGUUGGCGUUGGAGACGGACCAUGGGAUAUGAUGAAGGAGUUUGAUGAUAACAUUCCUGCUCGAGCCUUUGAUAAUUUUCAGUUUGUGAAUUUCACGGAGAUUAUGUUGAAGAAUACAUCCCCAUCCCGGAAGGAGACAGAAUUUGCUCUUGCGGCUUUAAUGGAGAUUCCUUCACAGUACAAAGCAACCAUUGAGCUUAAUAUUCUGGGUCAAAAGGGAAAUGUUCCCGAGAGAAUUCCACUACCUCCUCCUACAUACGGUGCAGCAUCUUUUAACAGCUCCAAACCAUCCUAUUCUACUAGUUUCCAAUAUGGUUCAGCAUCUUUCAGCAGCUCAAAACCUUCUCAUCCUACCGGUUUCUCACCAAGUGUCCCUCCUUAUCUGGAAGAGAGUAAUCCCAUCAGCUCAGCUCCCCCAGCUCCAAGUUCUAAUUAUGAUAACCGGCUUUGUCCCAUUUGCCUUAGUAACUCGAAAGACAUGGCAUUCGGUUGUGGACAUCAGACCUGUGAAGAAUGUUCGAAAGACCUUCAAACGUGUCCGAUAUGCCGAAGUCCGAUCCAAACCAAAAUAAAGCUAUACUUUUGAAACAAAACAAACAAAAAAUGUUUACCCAUCAUUCAUUUGUUAUUGAGAAAAUGCAAAUAGUGAUAGGUUUAGAGAAAGAAGGGAUCUCAACCAUCCCUUUUGUACAUUCUCUGUUGGUGUGAAUUCUUUGUACAUUCUUUUUCUGAUAUUUUGAUUAUUUCAUUUGUACGUUGCUUGCUCUUUUGAAUCAACGCAGCCACCAGUUUUAAAACA